AUGACGAAGCAACUCUACCUUCACGACUCGAGGGACAAGAGGAGAUUUAAGAUGAAAGGAGCGAGGGAGGAGCACAUCACACAGGCCUGCGUCACAGAAAGACAAAAGAGGAAGCUGCGAUCCCUCUCCGCGACAACCCGUGCCAAAGUCCCACAUCCACGCCAUCCCCACUACGCGCACGCACCGGUCCCGAGGAGGCGAGAAAAGAAGCCGUGUGUGAGUGAGAGAGACACCGGGGGGAGAAGCGAUGUGGGCGAGGCUCCUUCAACUCCGGAUCCUGUGGCCCCGAAGAGCAGCGACCCAGCCCCGCGGUCAAGAAGUGAGGCCAUCUUGCUCAACCGGGUUACACCCAGUUCAUUCCUUCAGACUGCGUGUCGGUGUCAAGAGGGGCAAGAGGAGAGAGGUUUCGGCAGAAGGCACGACGGCUCGCUAGGGAAAUGGCACAGCUGCACAUGUGCCGCUGACAAGAUAUUGUGA